CAUCUACGUGUGUCUCUAAAGAAUACUCGCAAAAAAAAUCUCAAAUAUGGCAACCAAAAGAGACACUACCUCUCAUGAAGCUUUCACAAUGAAGGGUGGAGAAGGCCAAGAUAGCUAUGCUCAAAAUUCCGAUCAUCAGCGAACAGGAGCUAAUAUCACCAAAAAUAUCAUGAGAGAAGCCAUGGCUGAGAAACUUGAUCUGCAAACACUUCUUCUGCAGAAUUCUUGUAAUACAUUUCGUAUAGCAGAUUUGGGCUGUUCAGUUGGACCUAACACAUUCUUCACAGUCCAAAACAUUAUAGACUCUGUGAAACUCAAACUUAUUGAUCAAUCUCAUGAAGGGCGACGUGGUUUAGAAUAUUCACUUGAAUUUCAAGUGUUCUUCAAUGAUCAUGCUGGCAAUGAUUUCAACACACUUUUAAAGUCUCUUCCUGAGGACAAGCAGUAUUUUGCAGCAGCUGUGCCUGGUUCCUUUCAUGGCAGAUUGUUUCCAGAAUCAAGCAUUAAUGUGUUUAACUCAUCUUAUGCUCUUCAUUGGCUCUCAAAGGUGCCUAAAGAGAUAGUUGACAAGAACUCCCCUGCUUAUAACAAAGGCAAAAUUUACUUUACAAGUGAAGACAAGAAAGUCAUAGAGGCAUAUUCUGCACAAUUUGAAAGAGACAUCGAAAGUUUCUUGAAUUCCAGGGCCUCUGAACUUGUUCCUGGAGGUAUCGUCACUUUUCUCAUUCCCAGUGUCCCUCCAAAUUCGAAGAACCGAUUUGAAGCUAAUGCAAAUAUCAUUGGGAAUGUUCUUGUGGAUAUGGUCAAUAAGGGAGUAAUUAGUGAAGAGCUGGUAGAUUCGUUCAACAUACCUACGUACAUGCCAGCAUCAGAAGAAGUGAAAUCCUUGAUAGAGAAGAAUGGGAAAUUCAGAAUUGAGAGGUCAGAAUUAUUACUUCGUCUGUUCACCGAGCAACUUCCAGAUGUUCGUAGUGCAUGCAUGCACAUGAGAGCUGUGUGGGAAGGCAUCUUCAAGGAACACUUUGGAGAAGAGCUUGUGGAUGAAAUUUUUAAUGGCUAUGAGAAGAAAUUAGCAGAAUCCACCUUCCUUUUGGAUCCAUCGUUCAAGACAAUGGGACAAUUAUUUGUCAUCAAGCGCACUUAAAUAAUUAUCGAUGUUUUUGUGUUGUCUAUUAAACAAUAAUUUUCC